AUGGGAGGAAUGAGAGGAAUCAUUCAAAUACAAGCCGGUCAAUGCGGUAACCAAAUAGGUGCCAAAUUUUGGGAAGUAAUUUCAGAUGAACAUGGUAUUGACUGCACUGGCGCUUAUGUCGGAGAUUCUGAUCUCCAGCUAGAAAGAGUACACGUUUAUUAUAAUGAAGCCAACGGUCAGAAAUAUGUUCCACGCUCUGUCCUUGUUGACCUUGAACCUGGUACUAUGGACUCUGUUCGCGCUGGUCCUUUCGGUCAACUUUUCCGUCCAGACAACUUCAUCUUUGGUCAAAAUGGCGCUGGUAACAACUGGGCUAAGGGUCACUACACUGAGGGCGCCGAACUUGUUGACUCCGUUUUAGAAAUCGUUCGUAAAGAAGCUGAAUCAUGUGAAUGUUUACAAGGUUUCCAAGUAACUCACUCUCUUGGCGGUGGUACUGGUGCUGGUAUGGGUACUCUACUCAUCUCUAAAAUCCGCGAAGAAUACCCUGACCGUAUGAUGUGCACGUUUUCUGUCGUGCCUUCACCCAAGGUUUCGGAUACUGUUGUUGAACCAUAUAAUGCUACACUUUCUGUACAUCAAUUGGUUGAAAAUUCGGAUGAAUAUUCUGUAUUGACAAUGAAGCUUUAUAUGAUAUUUGCUUCCGCACGUUGA